AUGGUAAAGACCAUGCCGAAAAUUGGUGAACCAUCUGUACCGAGAGAAGAAAAGAUCGACACCAACCUGCUGGACGAAGCCGUGUACGACCAGAUUCACGAAGAAGUUCCUGAGGGCGUCUCGAACGAAAACUUUGACAUAAUACAGUCCAUCCUAGUCCCUCGCCGGCGAAAAAAGCAAGACCGAGACGCCUUCCGCUAUCGCACACAACGACCCGAUGAGACGGCCCAACGAUUCGCAGCAAAACUACGGAAAUUAGCUGCGCUGGCAUCCCCCCAAUUAGCUGUCCGGAACUCGUUCGCUGAACGAUCACCCGAAUCGCUAAAAGGAACGAUUGAUCUUGCCACCUCGCUGGAGGAACCACCCGUGGCUACCAACGUCCCGCCUAACCUGAACGCCCCAACCAAUUCACCGUCCGAUCUCAGCCAACGACCUAGACAACAUGCUGGACGCCGACGUCAGCCGCGGGAUCGACGUGUACUGCCCUGGGUUGCUCGGGAGAACGCAGAGAACCCCAGUUCAAGUGAGUCACGCCAAGAUGCUUAUUUACCCUUUGUUUUUCCAUGCCUUUUCCAUGUCUCAUUACCUACAAUCAUAGGAAGUACUAACGGUGAUAAUGGUAGAAUGUUGGCGGAUACGGGGUCAGCAGUAACCCUAGUCCGAGACGCUCCUGCUAUCCCCCGGCAACGCAUACCACCAGGACGGCAACUCUGGGCAGCGAACAACACAAAGAUAAUAACAUUAGGCUCCACCGUAGUAACCUUUCAAAUAGGCACGCAGACUGACCCACGAAGCGAUGGUGGUACGCGACCUACCGUGGGACGUCAUCCUAGAGAUCGAUUUCCUCACCCGCCACGCGUGCAUCGUAAGCACGACACAGAGCCCAUUGUACAUCAACGGCGAACGUGUACCAUACGACCUAACGACCCCUAA